AGGAAAAAAGAGAGGCUCCAGCCCACCACUAGCAUGUCCCCAGGGGCCCUCAGCCUGCCUGUGUGCCUGCCCCCUCCUGCUGCUCAGUACAGCUGUGGCUCACUACCAAAAGAGUGUGGGAAAGCUCUUCACCCCUCUUCAUUAAGUCUUCAUUAGGUGAACCACACAGACACAAAGUCCUCUACGUUCCUGGCUGUGCUGAGGAGACACACGCGAGAUGGAUGUGCCACCCGGGGCUCUGGCGCUUCUUUUGCCCCUGUUGCUUGCCGUGCUGAGCCUGUCGCCCGCACCCACUUUGGGAGGAUGCCCAUCGGCUUGCCGGUGCUCUUUUGCCAUGCUGCAGUGCCUGGAGCCCAAUGGGAUAAGCAGCAUCCCACCACUGGUACCACAGGAGAGCGAGAACGUGACAGAGAUUUACAUUGAAAACCAAGCAGGACUGGAGAAUAUAACAGAGGUCGACCUUGUUUACUACAGAGAGCUGAAGAACAUCACCAUCACUUCCUGUAAACUGAGGUUCAUCUCUGCCAACGCCUUCCAGAACAACCUGAAGCUGCAGUAUGUGAACCUGGCAUCAAACUCUCUAGAGCACAUCAGCUGGAGAGUGUUCUAUUUUCUUCCUCUACUCAACCUGGUUUUGAAGGACAACCCUCUUGUUUGCUCAUGUGACCACUUCUGGCUGAAGCAGUGGGAGAUUGAUGACCGCGGUGAGGUCUACAGCCAGAUCUUGUCCUGUUUUUUGGACGGUGAGGAGAUAUCGUUCCAGUCUCUGGUGAUCGAGAACUGCAGUCUGCCUGAGGUAAAAAUCCCUGACACACAGGUCAAAACUCAAGAAGGAGGCAACCUGACAAUUGAGUGUCAUGUGACAGGAAAUCCAACGCCUGAGGUCAGAUGGCAAACCGAUGAACUUGCCUCUCCCUUUGUUGUCCAGAAGGUAAUCUCGGACUCGUCUCUAAAUCUGGUCCUUUACCUCACCAACGUUUCCUACAAGGACAACCUGCACAACCUGACUUGUGAGGCUGAGAACCAAGCUGGGCCCAAGGAGGGGAUGGUGCAAUUGGACAUUGAGUUUCCAGCCAAGAUCAUCUACCUGAAGGACGCCGUGCAGCAGCACCACUGGUGUUUCCCCUUCCUAAUGGAUGGAAACCCUGAGCCAAACAUCACCUGGCUGUACAACAACAAAAUAUUAAAAGAAACCAUGUUUGUGUACACACAGUUAAUCACAGACUCAAAAGACGGCUCAGAAAAACAUGGCUGCCUCUUCCUCAAUAAGCCGACCCACAUCAACAACGGUAACUACACUCUGAUUGUGGAGAACAAACUCGGAUGGGAUGAGAGAACGGCAGUUGGGGCGUUUAUGGACAAUCCCUUUGCCUCGGAUCCUGAAGGGUUGAUCCCAGUCCCUGUUGAGAAUCCAACUCAUGCAACCAAAUCAAACAUGGACGUCACAGAGAACCCAGAGAGCCGAGUGUUUGUGGUGUCUGUGGCCGUGGGCUUGGCUGUGUUUGCCUGCACUUUUCUGCUCAUCGUUAUCCUGGUUAUAAACAAAUGUGGCCAACAAACCAAGUUUGGGAUUCACCGCUCAUCAGUUCUGGGGACGGAGGACGACCUGGCUGUGUCGCUGCAGUUCAUGAACUUUGGUACAGGCACGCCUUCUUCAGACAAAGAUGCUGGCUUGUCAAGUUUCGUGGAGAACCCGCAGUAUUUCUGUGGCAUCAUCAAGGACAAAGACAUGAGUGUUCAGCACAUCAAACGGCAGGACAUCAUGUUGAAGUGGGAGCUGGGUGAGGGAGCGUUUGGGAAGGUUUACCUGGCCGAAUGUGCCAACCUCAGCCCCGAUGACGACAAGAUGCUGGUUGCCAUUAAGACUCUGAAGGAUGCAAACGAGUCGACCCGGCAGGACUUCCAGCGGGAGGCAGAGCUGCUGACGGUUCUCCAACACAAACACAUUGUCCGGUUCUAUGGAGUCUGCACGGAUGGAGAGCCGCUGGCCAUGGUGUUCGAGUACAUGAGGCACGGAGACUUGAAUCGUUUCCUUCGAGCUCACGGCCCUGAUGCUCGAAUCCUAGAGGAGUCAAAGAUGCCCCCGUUGGGUCAGCUGACUCUACCUCAGAUGCUGCACAUCGCUGCUCAGAUAGCUUCAGGCAUGGUUUACCUGGCGUCACUGCACUUCGUCCACCGCGACCUGGCGACCCGUAACUGCCUGGUGGGAGAAGGCCUGGUGGUGAAGAUUGGAGACUUUGGGAUGUCUCGAGACAUCUACAGCACAGAUUACUACCGGGUGGGUGGACGCACAAUGCUACCAAUCCGGUGGAUGCCUCCGGAGAGCAUCAUGUACAGAAAGUUCACAACAGAGAGCGACAUCUGGAGCUUUGGCGUGGUUCUCUGGGAAAUCUUCACCUAUGGCAAACAACCCUGGUAUCAGCUGUCCAACAAUGAGGCCAUCGAGUGCAUCACUCAGGGACGGGAGCUGGAGAGACCGCGCACCUGUCCCAAGGAAGUCUACCUGCUGAUGCAGGGUUGCUGGCAGAGGGAACCCCAGCAGAGGAUGGUGAUCAAGGACAUCCACCACCGACUGCUGGAGCUGGUCAAGAACCCGCCUGUUUAUCUGGAUAUCCUGGGUUGAGAGGGGAGGAGAUCAGAGGCGUGAGAGAUCCAUUGAAACAAAAAAAAAUAUUUUUUAUUUCAAAAUGAUUCCCCCCGUUUUGCUCAUUUGCUCAAGUGAGCUUCAUUUUGUCCCAUUCCAGCUAAACGUUGAGUCCUGUUUACUGCCCUGUGAUUCACUGGAAAAAAUGUCAAAUGUUUACUAAAGUGUUUAAAGUUUAUCUGAUGUGGGAUCAGCCUGGGGGAGGACGCAUGAGUGGGAGUGACAGCGCUCGGCCUCCGUGUUUCAGAGGAACAAAUUCUCCUCUGAAGGACGCCUUUAGUCAAUGUAAAUAAGAUAAUCACAAUCAAAGCUUGUUUUCCGUGAGUCAGAACCACUGUAUCAUAUGAUUAUUUUUUAGAAAAAAAAAGCAUAAAAAAGUGUUUCCUGAUAUAAAAAUCCUGUGUGUUUACAUGUAUUAUGAGCAGAAGCAGCAGAGGUGGGACCUGUCGGACAGAUUCACCCUGCAGAGGCUUUCGGUCAAAUUAGCCGUAUUUUUUGUGCUGAAAUCAAAGCACUGCAGUGAAAUCUGGUACGGGAGCAGGGUGGGGGUGGGGACGAAAGCCUGAGAUGGCAACAGAUGGGUUAAAGCAAGACUCCAGGAGGGGGGGCAGAUGGCACUGAAAGUGAAACUGGACGUUUAGAGAGAAAGAUCAGGUAGAACCUCUGUGUGUAAAUAAUGAAUGUACAUACUCUCUCCUACUGUCUAAAAUACCCACCUUCAUGUAUUCAGCACUUUGUAUAUUGUCUUCCCUUAAAAAAUAAAGUUGAUUUAAAAAAAGAACAUUCUUUUGGACGUGCUUCCUGGAGGACAGUCCCUCCUGCUGCUUUGUGUGUUUAAACCUGCACGUCCUAACAAGCUAUUCAAGAGCCUUGUGUCGUUUUGACGGUCUAAUCAGCAGCCUGCGUCAUCUCCACGGGCUGCUCAGCAGACGGUUAUUGAAAAGGAAUAAUCAAGUUUCAUAUUGCCUUACAGCCGGGCCUCCAGCAAACAAACACCCUUCCUC